AUGGGACAAGGACAUCCUGGCCGGCCAAACCCUCCCCCAACCCAGGCGAUUGGGGCCAAUUGUGCGGCGCCUCAUGGGUCUCCCGGUCGCGACACAGCCCGCUGGAGAAGGAGGGCAGAGGCUGAGAAACUGCUGGCCCAGGUGCAGGAAACAGGGGAGCAGGAGAACAUUGACAAGUUCAGUAAGCGUCUGGUGAAAGUUACCCGGCAGCACAACGACGAGUGCAAGAAGCUGCUCACCCUAAUGGGGGUGCCAUACAUCAAGGCUCCAUGUGAGGCAGAGGCGAGCUGCACUGCUCUGGUUAUGGCGGUAGUCGCCACGGCAACAGAAGAUACGGACAGCCUGACAUUUAGAGCAGGGAUCCUACUGAGGCACCUCACCCCCAGCGACGCAAAAAGCACCCUGCCCCAGAGGACUGCCUGUAUAAGGAGUCCAGAGGUCUGUUCCUGCAGCCUGACAUUGUGGACUGCUCCACAGUAACCUCAAGUGGAGCGAGCCCGACAAGGACACCCUUAUCCAGUUCAUAUGUGCAGAGAAACAGUUCAGGUACAGGAUAGGAUCAACAUAAUAUAGCUUCACUGAGGUUAUAUUCCAACCCCUAUGGAGCCUCACUCUGAUUUAUUUGAGUAAAAAAUGGCUGGGGUGAAUCCUACAUUGACGUCAAUGCAAGACUAAUGGGAAAUUUGACUUAAUGGUGUAAAUAUGAGAAUAUACGCUUCAGUCACACUUUUGUAUUCUAAAUAAGUCGAUUUUAUUUGAAUCAUUUGAUGUGGCACUGUACUUUCCGACAAUGGCACUACUUUUUCACACGGUUGAAAUCCUGCUCCACAUCCACAUGAUGUUAAGCCAUGGUUGGUAUGAGUGAUAAAAUGUCUCAUACUGUGAACUGUGUUUGUGCACAGUGAGGACUGCAUCAAGAACAGCUGUAAAAGAUGAUGAAGGGCCGACAAGGCAGCACACUGGGAUGACUGGACUCUAUUCACCAUCAUUGGCUCUCUGACAGAGAAACCUAUACAUAUUCAAUGCAUUUCAGUGCCUUUAAACAGGGUAUAGUAGUAGGUGCCAGGCACACCGGUUUGAGUGUGUCAAGAACUGCAACGCUGCUGGGUUUUUCACACUCAACAGUUUGCUGUGUGUAUCAAGGACAUUCAGCCAACUUGACACAACUGUGGGAAGCAUUGAAGUCAACAUGCAACUCAAUAUGAGGAAGAUGUUUAGUACACUCAGUGUAUACCAUACCUCAUCUAUGUUUGAUUAAUAAAAAACAUUGUCCACACCAUACUGUAUCCAUAUUAAAAUAAUCCUCGCUACUUCCUCCUUUUUAUUUAGGAAAUGGGAGACCGGUGCAACAAGAAAUGGGAGACCGGUGCAACCCCGGGCAAAUAGACUUCAAAGAGGAAGUCAAGCAAGGAAAGAGGAAGUUGAGGAGUGUGCGUGAUAACUUGACAACUGCAAUUACAGUGUCUAGCCAAGUCUGUUCUUCAUGUUGAAAAUGUGAGAAUGGGGUAGUGGUUAACGUAUUCCAAUUAAACUAGCAAGUUUUAUUAAAAUGCUUUUUUCUUGAAUAAAAGUAAUAGUGAAUUUUG